AAUCCACAAUGCUAGUGCUCAGGUUUCUCAAUGUGGUCGCUCCAGCCUACUUCCUCUGUAUCUCCUUAGUGACCUUCGUCCUCCAGCUCUUCCUCUUCAUUCCAAGCAUGCUCAAAGACCCUUCCACCACCCCACUUUUCUCCUCUGCUCUGCUGCAUGGGGCUCUCUUUCUGUACCUCUCAGCUAAUGCUUUGGGCAACUACAUCCUGGUAAUACAGAACUCCCCCGAGGAGGACCUGGGGAAGGGCCCAGAUUUGGCUGGAGGAGCCAAAGGGGUGGCUGAGUGGCCAGAUGGAAACAGGUCCCCUGCUUCAGCCCUGCCUGGCACUCACUUCUGUAGACUGUGUGCCCGAACCACCCAGAGGCAUGACCACCACUGUUUCUUCACAGGGAACUGCAUUGGGAAUAGUAAUAUGCGGAACUUCAUCAUGUUCUGUCUGUAUACCUCCUUGGCUUGCCUUGAUUCCAUGGUGGCUGGGGUGGCUUAUAUUUCUGCUGCACUCUCAACUUCCUUUGCCAGCCCACUGGCUUUCCUAACUCUUCUGCCUCACUCCAUUAGCCAGUUCUUCUCAGGAGCUCUUCUAAGCUCAGAAAUGUUUGUCAUCCUCAUGCUAUACCUCUGGCUGGGGAUUGGACUUGCCUGUGCCGGCUUCUGUUGCCACCAAAUGCUGCUAAUCUUGCGAGGGCAAACACGGUACCAGAUACGGAAGGGGAUGGCAGCCAAAGGCCAGCCCUGGAGGAAGAAUCUGGAGGAGGUCUUUGGGAAGAGAUGGCUGCUUGGACUGCUUAUUCCUGUGCUCAGUGUGGGAAGUGACUAUCACCAGCAGAAGGAGAAGUGACAGCUCCCUUAACACUUAGCAACAUGCACAGGUAUUACAAAACAAGAAUGAUUGAACAAAUAACAAAAUGUACAAUAAAGGAAAUAUUGGAUGUAGGUUUAAAAUACAAACCUAUUUAAAAACUUGGUGAAAAAGAUGUCAGAAAGAUAAAACUGCAUGUGGUGAAAACAGAGCAUGUCACCAAGAGAGAACACCAAUGAGAAGGAACCAAACUUUUUUUUUUAUCUCGGAUAAUGCAGAUACUUGGAGAAUGAUAUGUAUGGACAGGUUGAUUUGUUUCUGAAUUAAGUUUCUUUUUUUAACUGCCCUUCUUGUAUGGGUCCUGGAGUUCUGUGCAGGGAAUGCAAAAUCCAAAAUAUGUCCCAAAGUAGUAAAAUAGAAGGUAUUUCUAUUCUAUUUCUGUUCUAUGAGAGUAAAACUCCUACCCUCAGUAUUCAAGUCUAUGUCACAGAGGAUCUGGAUUCAAACUAUUCUCAGAUCCAAUCCAUUCUUUUCCAACCAGCCGACCAUUAUUCAAAAUCAAUAUUAAUCAGCACAAGUAACCUCACUGUCUUGUUGAAGUACCUGGAGAAAUUCUGGGGAGGCAGUAGAUGCUGGAGAUCUUUUUUUUUAAUGACAUUUUUAAUCCACAUGUAUUUUUUUGUGGUACCAAUACAUUCAGAGUAAACAAAGGUGACAGUCUGAAGAAUUGCUUUGAUUAUAGGAAAUCUUAGGAGAAAAAAAUAGCUAGUAAGUUAGAUAGAUAAUAGCACAUUUAGGGAAAAAAAAGGCCUUCUAGUAAGACAUGCACUUGCAUGAAAAUAUAUUUAACUACCUACUUAAUA